UUGACAUAAAAACCUGACGUUGUUGAAUGAAGUUGAUUCUUUUUUUCAACCAAAGACCAUUGGAGCAUAUCAUUUUGAUUAAAAGAGCAUAUUUAUAAUACUUUUGAAUUUCUAAACAAUCCAAAAGAAUCAUGUUUAUAACAAACCAUUUGUUCAAGACAAAUAAUAAGAAGACUCUCAUAACCUUGUUCAAUGUUCACAGAAGUUGUAGUGGUAAUCCGUGUGCGCCAGAGAAUUUGUCAUGCCCGCCCAGUUCUUGCCAACCAUGUCCUCCAUAUCCGCCGUUUUACUACAAUCCUCGCACAAAAUACGAAGUCAAUUUUAUAUACAUUAAUGAUAAGCCGCCAUCAACGACUAUGAAAGACUUUUUCGACCGAGCUUCGCAAACUAUCUUCUGGACGGAAUUAAUCCGAGGUUUCGCGGUGACUUUGGCUCACAUAUUUAAAGAGCCUGCUACAAUCAACUACCCAUUUGAAAAGGGUCCUCUGUCUCCGCGUUUUAGAGGCGAACAUGCACUGCGCAGAUACCCAACCGGUGAAGAACGAUGUAUAGCUUGCAAAUUGUGUGAAGCCAUUUGUCCAGCGCAAGCCAUUACAAUCGACGCCGAGGAGCGCUGCGACGGCUCACGUCGCGCGAUCCGCUACGACAUAGAUAUGUCCAAAUGUAUAUUCUGCGGUUAUUGUCAGGAAGCUUGUCCUGUUGAUGCUAUUGUAGAAGGCCCAAAUUUCGAAUAUUCAACAGAAACACGAGAAGAACUCAUAUAUAACAAGGAGAAAUUAUUGUUAAAUGGCGAUAGAUGGGAGCCGGAAAUAGCGAGCAAUAUCAAAGAUAAUCAUUUGUAUCGUUAAACAAUUAAUAGAUACAAUUAAAUAAUAUUCCUUCAAUUAUUGAA